AUGGCUGGAGGAGGCAAAGCUAUCAGAAGAACCCCCAGAGCCAAGGCAAAGACCCGCUCUUCCCGUGCUGGGCUCCAGUUCGCAGUCGGCCGUGUUCACAGGCUGCUGCGCAAAGGAAACUAUGCAAAGCGUGUCAGUGCCAGUGCCCCCGUCUACCUGGCGGCUGUGCUGGAGUAUCUGACCACUGAGAUCCUGGAGUUGGCUGGGAACGCUGCCCGCGACAACAAGAAGACCCGUAUCAUCCCCCGUCACCGGCAGCUGGCUGUCCGCAACAACAAGGAGCUCAACAAGCUGCUGGGCGGAGUCACCAUCGAGAUGCCUGGUAUGUGCUGUCGCUCAUGA